GCUCUAGACGCCGCAAAAACUUGUGUUAAUUUGUUAGCUGUGAAACACGUGCAUCACGCACGUUGCUUUUGUUGUUGUUUAAUAUAAAUUUUGAGCAACAUGACGACUGAAAAGAGUUUUCCGCGCGGCGGAGUGGUAAAUCAACAAACAAAUGCGGAAAGCAGCACAGCCAAUAUUAUCUUUGGCGCUACGCAAAAGAAAAUAAAGAAAGCAGCAAAGCCCAAAGCAAGCUUGGACACUGAGACCGAAAAUGGCGAGCAGUUGCAGGCAUUCUCAGCGGAAACGCUCACUAUUGAUACGCUGCAGGAGAAUAUGCUGGUUAUGGGUGUUGUCAAGCGUGCAGAUGCCACAACGUUGCACGUAUCGCUGCCAGGUCGCUUAACAGCGCGUGUACAAGUUACGGACAUCUCCGCUGCAUAUAACCGUGUGGUCCAAUCAACUAUGUCUGGCGACAGCUCUGAAUAUCAGAAUCUGACAGAGCUGUUUCCUGCUGGACGCAUAGUCUGUGGACGUGCGUCAAAGGUGGACAAGGAGGAUGGCAAGGGCACUCAACUUAUGUUGACGCUGAAGCCCAGCGAGGUUAAUCACAGCAUGCAUCAUAAGCAAAUCAAAAAGGGCCUCAUCUUCACAGGUGCUGUGGCAGAGAUACAGGAGCAUGGUUGUGUGCUUGAAACGGGCAUUGAAGGUCUGCAGGCGUUUGUGGCCAAUGAAAAUGCGGAGCAGCAGUAUCGCCUGGGUGAGCUCAUCUUUGUUAAAGUCAAGCAAAUCAAUCAUAGCGAGCAGCAAAGCACGUCCCAGUGUGAGCAGCUGUCACAGGAUAAGCUCAAGAUUAAAAGUCAAAAUGAAACAAACCUGGAUUAUAUACUGCCGGGCAGCAUAGUCAAGUUUAAGGUGACCAAGCAGCUUAAGAAUGGUUUGCAAGGCGCAAUUAUGGGCGAAUCCUUUAUAGCCUAUGUGAAUGAGCAUCAUCUGGGUGAAGCAUUGCAUACGCCCACGGACUACGAGCUGAAUGAGGAAUAUCUUGCACGCGUGCUUUACAUUAUGCCACUGACUAAGCUGGUUUACCUAACAUUCAAUUUGGAUAUACAAGUGCCGGAGGAGCAAGAGGCGGAGCAGGAUACAGCGACAACACUGAAAAAAGGCAGCAUCGUGGAGAAAGCGCGUGUACUGCGUCAUGGCACUGGCGGCAUUGUCCUCUUGCUUAAUCAAAACCUUAAGGGUUUAAUAAGUUAUAGUUCCAUCAAAUCCAACUUUAAAGGCAACUACGAUCAGGAUGUUGUGCUGUCCAAAUAUACGCGCAAGAGCAAGCACAAAGUACGUGUGCUGGGCUAUGAUGUUAUCGAAGCGCUCUACUACUGUUCAGAUGAUGCCAAUGUGCUUAAUGAGAAGCUCUAUACGCUCGAGGAUCUGCACCCAGGCGAUAUUGUUAAUGCCCGUUUGCUUAAAGCCGAACCCAAGGUGGGUGGUUACAGCGUUAAGCUGGGCAAGGUCAACGGCAUUAUAGAGCAACUGCAUCUGGCGCCCAAUGUGCACUAUGAAUUGGGUCAAAGUGUACGCUGCCGUGUGCUGGAUGUUUCGCUUGACCGCAAGACUUGCUACCUCAGCAAUCGCAGCGAAUAUUUGGCUAAAAAUGUCAAGCUAUUGACUAUGCUGCCGGCAGCGCAGGUGGGUCAAGUCUAUACUGGCACAGUGGUCAAGUGUGAGCCCACCUUUGUGCUCGUCAAGUUCUGCAACGGCAUCAAGGGCGUGCUGCAUAAGCAGCGCCUAAGCAAUUUACUGGAAAACUCAUUCUUUGAGGGUCAGACUACCAAAUUUCGCAUAGCGGAGAGGCAUGAGGAACAGCUGCAGCUAACGCUGCCGGAGGAUAAAUUUCAGCUGGGUGAAAUAUGUCCCAUCGAGGUGACCAACAGCUUGGACGCUGGCUUGGAAAUUAAGAUCAGCUUUGCGAACGAUGAAGAGGACGAUGAGGCAACAGAAAUGGAGGAGUUCAUGGGCUUAGUGCCGCAGCGCUUGCUCUCUGAUUAUGUAGAGCUAACCGGUGCCCAACAGCGCAUACAUCCUGUGGGCACACAUGCCUCAGCCGCCUGCAUCAUGCAGAACAUCUUUAGCUUACGCGAUGUGAACUAUUUCAGUGAGAACAUCACCAAGGAUUGGCAAUCGGUGCAGGUGGGCGAUGUGCUGCGUGCGCAUGUCAAGCAUGCCACCGAUCAGGUGCUGGAGCUACUGCUGCCAGUGCGCAACUACAACAAGCUGGUCAAGCUGCACGUCAAAAUGUUGUGCCUUACUGCCAAUCGGGAGCUGCCUGUGCAGCUAGAGCCCGAUCAGCUGUUGUAUGUCAAAGUGAUCAGCAAGGAGGUGGAAACCAAGACAUUGACCGUGUCUGCAAAACUUACAGAUGUGUGGAGUGGCGAGCUAAACGAUACAGCCACGUUGGUGGAGGGUUAUUUAAACGAAGUGGCGCAGAUACGUGAGGCGCUGAAACAGCAAGACAAGGCCAUUGCUAAUCAUAGCAUAGGCGACAGAAUAACUGUGGUGUUCAAGGGUCUGCAGCCAGGCACCAAGGAUUGGAUCUACAAUUUGCCAUACAACAGCAAGAUACAAGCCAUGAUGGUGGCUAGCAUGGCAGGCAAUGCAGUUGUGCCUCAAGUGGGCAGCAAAUGGGAAGUAGUUGUGCUUUGGAUAGACUACGCGCAUGACUUGCUGCUCGUAACCAACAAAGUGCGUGACAUUGCGCACAUAAGUAGCAAUACACAAUUGCCACAGAAUUUAGUGGGCAAGGCAGGCAUGAAAGCCAAAGUGUUGCUAAAACUGGACAGCAUUGUAUUGUGUUCGCUGAAGAGAGGCACAGACAAUCCUUUGGUAGUGUGUCCUGUGCGCUUGCAUCCCAAUGAUGUGGAGCAGACAGCCAGUACAGCUUUGAGACAGGGCGACUUUUGCACGCUGGCCUUUAUACACGAUACGUUGCCCAUAGCGGUGCCUGAGAUUGUUUGGAAGCUUUGGAAGGGCGUGAAGCGUGCGGCAACUACUGUUGAGGAAGCGCGCAUACCCAAGAAGAAAGCAAAACUGGAGACGCCACCAGCUAAGCAUGAACAGAAAGCAGCCAAUAAAACUAAUGGCGAGCUUUUCUUUGAGGAUAAGAAACCAGCCAGGUUGCCAACACCACCAACCAAAAGAUCAGCAUCUUUGGUUGCUGCUGAUAAAGCUCUAGCCAGCGCCACAUUGCCAGGCAUUGCUGGCUUUUGGGCACAUGAGCUGCUGUAUGACAAAUCUACAACGGCAGAAAGUUCCAGCGAUGAGGAAGAAGAUAGCGAGGCAACUAACGCUAAGAAGAAACGUCUUAGCGCCAAGGACAAGGCCAAGGCAGAGCUGAAGGAGGAGCAACGUUUGCGCGAAAUUGAAGAGCACAAUGCUAAUCUGCAAGAAACUGCAAAUACAGUUGAGGAAUUCGAGCGUCUGGUGUUGGCCGAGCCCAACAACAGUAAAUUAUGGAUUCGUUAUAUGGUGCACCUGUUGGCCGAUGCGGAAAUCGACAAGGCACGCAUGCUGGCCCGGCGUGCUAUCAAAACCAUUGGUUUUCGUGAAACUCGCGAGUUGUUAAAUGUGUGGACAGCGCUAUUGAAUUUGGAACUACGCUAUAAUCCCACACAAUUUGAUGAUGUGCUCAAGGAAGCGCUGAGUAGCAAUGAACCAGUGAAUGUCUAUCUAAACGUUGUGGAAAUCUACAAGUCAAAUAAAGAGGUGGAACGUUUGCUUAAUACCGUGGAGAUCAUGACGCGUAAAUUUAAAACAAAACUGGAUGUCUGGAAGUCUGUUGCCGAAGCAUAUUUCUCAAUGUCAAUGUCAGAUCGCGUGCAGCCAACGUUGCAACGUGCGCUAAAAGUUUUGCCGCACAGUGAACACAUAAACCUGAGUACGGCCUUUGCCAAGUUAUAUGCAAAAUAUGAUAUGCAUGAUAUGGCGCAGGCCAUGCUGGAUAAUAUCGUCACCUCGUUUCCCAGGCGCACUGAUGUUUGGUUACUCUAUGCGAAUAUGCUGCUUAAAUUGAAACUUAUUGAGCCAACACGCCAUCUAUAUGAGCGCGCUGUGCUGCAGAAGCUUAAGCCCGACAAGAUGUUGGUGCUGUAUAAAAACUUCCUGGAAUUUGAGGAGAAGUACGGCACGGAAGCCACGUCAGCGAGAGUGAAGCAACUGGCCGAGCAAUAUGUUGCAAGUCAAAAUAAGGCCUUAAAAUAAUUGCAGAAUUCAAUGAAAGUAGUAAAAAUGGCAGUACUUGUGUAUUGUUUUUUUUUU